AUGCAAGAGCAGGUCGUAGACGAGUCUCGUGGCCCUUACUUCCCCUUCAACAGGAGGGAGACCUACCCGAAGCGGUUGAAGGUGGACUUCAGGAGGCUCCCGACGAGCACCUUGCUGACGUACACAGCCCACCACGACCUCCAUGUUCGCCCGGACAGCACUCACGAAGAGCUCGCCAUUGCAACAGCUAGGCAUUUCGCCGCGUGGCGCAUCAACGAAGAGUCCAUCAUGCGCAGCUUCUGCCAAGGCCUGGCCUCCUCCACCAUCGGCACCCCGACCCGCACCCUCGGCGACGCCGAGAACAACAAGCGAAAGCGCCUCGACUCCCUAGACCGAGAUCUCAACAUCGUGCCCCCGUCCCCGGAGCUGCUCGGCCUGGCCAACGCCGCUGCCGCCAGCGUUGGCCGCGGUAGCCGGAGAGACCCCCACCACAAGAGCUCCUCCAAUCCGCGCAGCCCCCCGCGCAGCAGAAGUCGGGGGGGCGCCGCGAACAGCAACGGUGGCGGCGGUGCUAGAGACCGCGCUAGUGACAGACGGGGAGACGACGGGGGUCUUGGCCUCCUCGCGCAGGGCGCGGCUUCGUCUUCUUCUUUGUUCACCCACAGGCCUGUUGUCUUCGACACCGCCGAGCAGGUUGCUGCCUACGUCUCGGGAGCGUGGAUCCUUGCUCGCGUCGUUCAGCACAAGGGAUACGGCAAGGUGGAGCUCCACGACGAAGACGACGCUUCCCACGUCUUCGAACUCCCUAUCAGCCAAGUCAGGCACCUGGAAGACUUGUCUUCGGACCUGGGCAAGCAUGACAAGGUCUUGGCGGUGUUUCCCGACACGACCAUCUUCUACUGCGCGACGGUCGCCAAGGACUCGCCUCGCAUGGAUGGCAACACCAAGGUGUUGGUGGUCUACUUCGAGGACGACGAAGACGCUAACGGGGGGCAUCAAUACCGCCGCAUUCCCGUGGAGCACGUUAUGAUCGAAGACGACGGAGGGCACGCGAACCGCCACGGCUACGCGGCUGGGGCCGGGGUGGGUGGGCGCAGCAAUGGUGGCGGCACUGGCCGGAGCGAAAGGAGCGCAAGGUCUAGCGUUUCCGGUCGGGCUACCGGCUCCUAUCGGUCACGCUCCACGUCUCCCAGGGUCAGAAACGAGUACGGGGGGGGUUCCGCGGCGGGGAGCCACCUCAUGGGGGGAGCCGCAUCGUUAGCCUCGAGGGCAUCGGGCGGCAGCAGCGCCGUCGGAGGGGGCGGAGGAAGGGCGAGCAACGGCAACAGGGACCAGCAGGGGGGCAGCAAGAAGGGCGGGGCCACCUACGCAGACAUGAUCGCCCACGCGCUAGGCAAGGUGGAGAACGGAAAGGGCGCCUUCACCCAGAUCUGCAAUAUCAUCGAGCGGCAGUUCUCCGAGUAUCUAAACUGGAAGCUCGAGAGCGACGUCCGCAAGACCCCGGUGUGGAAGUCAUCCGUCCGGAAGAUCCUCUUCUCCAACAGCAGGUUCCAGCACCAUUCCACGACCCCGGAACUGGGGCAUGUGUUCACCAUGGCCCGCUCCAAGAAAAACAACUGA